GUAUUGUUCUUUGGCCCGAAUUGUUUUAAACAAUGCUUCUUUAAACUCAUAUCAAGUUUAAUAAUUUUAACAUAAUUUUUUAAAUAUGAAAUUCAGAUAUUUUUAGUACGUGUCCCUAGAUGCCUAGAGAAGAAGAAAUCAAUACCUGGGUCAUAAAUCAAAUAAUUUUGUUCCAAUGAAAUCUAUCUUGAGAUUCUGACUGGGGGAUUACUUCUUCCAGGGCAGGGUUGAUGCGUGCUGGCACUACAGUAUUUGUUAUAAAUUCAUAUGCUUUUAAUUGUUAAUAAAUUCAGGAUAACCUGGAAGCUUAAAUCCAGGCCUAGAGGAUGACAUGUAAAAAUACUGAAUAACGAAAAGCUUAAUUCUUUCUAUUUUUGGAGCUUUUCACGAGAUACAAGUACUGUACGGUAGAAUUUUAGAUGAACAUUAGGUAUGGGACUGCAGGAAAUUGUCACAGUCUUAGAGACUUACAGAGGACGGGAGAAAACCUUGCGCACAGUACAAUAUGGUUUACUCCUUUUAACUCCACUAGCUAAGGAAAAUACCAGAACUGCACUUCAGACUGUCAGUUCACAAUUUGGUAUGGCUAGAGUCAUCUUGAGACUGUUUGAUGAUCUUCCUAUGCUUCAGUAUUCCUGGUCUUGCAUCAGAAGCACCAAGGGUAAAGACACAUUUCUGAGGUGUCUGGAGCUGACAAACAUUGCAGUGGACCAGCUGUACUUUCCUUUGGAACACAUUGCCUGGGCUCGUGACAUGAAAGUACUUAAGGGAAAUUCUGCAUCACUUUGGCAUGCAUCCCUACUGCUAUGGGGACUUUCACUUGUUUUAACAAUAGUAAGGUCUCUACGUCACAUUUAUUCGAUGAAGCAACAAACGAAAGAGAAUACGACUGAAGAAAGGGACAGAGUUGAUGCAAUGUAUAAAGCAGAGCUGUUAACAGUGAUCAUGCAAGCAGCAAAUCUUCUUAAUGCCUUAAACUGGAUGCCACGUAGGCCAUGGACUAAGCCUUUCUAACGUAACGCAGGUAAGGUUACAGUGUGCCUGGAGGCCUUGGCAUCUGCCUUUUCCUUUGU